AAAUGUCCUGUGAACUUCCUCUAUGGGAUUACAAGGUGGUAGAUAUGAAUGCGAAUGAAAUUCACAUUACCAUACAUGUGAUAGAGCUGGACUAUUAUGGCAUUAGGCGUGUUCAUUUUCACAUGCAUGCAAGAGCUAUAUAUAUGCAUGCAUAUGGUGCAUAUUUGUAUAAAGUGGUCUAAGUGUAAGUGUAAGUGUAAGUGAAGUGUAUUUUAGUAGAUUCGUAUCAUGGAGAGGAAGUUUAUUUUGUUGGUUGUUGUUGGGGUGUGUUUAGUGUUGGGAAUGUCUCAAUAUGUAGAUGGAAGGAAAUUGAAGAAGGAGAAAGAAGAUGUGAAAAAUCCAGAAUGGUUAUUUGAUGUUCCUUCUAAAGGGUUUGGUGGCGGUGGAGGGUUUGGAGGAGGGGGAAUCGGCGGAGGUUCAGGUGGUGGGUAUGGAGGAGGUGGAGGUAGUGGUUUAGGGGGUGGAUAUGGAGGUGGUAGUGGUUUAGGUGGUGGAUAUGGGGGAGGUGAUGGUAGUGGUUUAGGGGGUGGAUAUGGAGGAGGUGUAGGUAGUGGUUAUGGGGGUGGAAUAUCUAAGGGAAUUGUAGGUGGAAUUGGAGGUUAUGCUUACAAAGGAAUUGGAGGAGGUGUAGGAGGAAUAGGAGGGGGUGUUAUUGGUGGAGUUGGUGGUUUCAUUGGUGGUCACAAUAAUCUUGAAGCAAAUAAACCUUGAAUUUAAUGUGUACUUUGGUUGUGUAAUUUCAAUACUGUUUUGCAUUAUUAAUGGUACUUUUGUUGAUUUGGUUUUUCAUCUAAUAACGUUGUAACAUUACAAAAUAAAUAAGUACUACUUAGAUGUUUCACCUUUCUUUUAUUGUAAUUUGUUUAUUUCCAAAAUCUAUUAAUGUAAUCUGUGUUCUAUAGAUUUAAUGAUUUGUGGUUGGAGUUCUCGA